GUACUUCCGGUAGUGAAAGAUGGCAAGAUGGCGGACUGAAUGGCUUUAGCGUCUCCGUUUAUAAAUGACCGCGUUACUACAAACUGCAAAUGCAGAAACAAAUACCUAAAUGCUUCGUCUUUUCUCAAGCCCACCAAACGGAAUUUGUUAGCUGAAGUGAAGAUUGAAGACGUGAUAGAAGACGGACGACUACUGCUAUGCUAAGAUGGCGACGUCAUGUCAAAGAGAAAGUGAAAGAGAAUCAGAAACUUCCAGCAAAUCACCAACGGAGAUAAAGACCAAAGAUGAAGACGUCCAGCAGAUUAUUGGUCAUCCAGAAGAACUUCCCUUCGGCUGGCAGGGGGGAGCUCCACUUUGAAGCAGGAGACUCCACAACCACCCUGCAUUAAAAAGGAAGAGGAGGAACUCUGCAUCACUCAGGAGGGAGAGUGUCUUCUAGGACGAGAGGAAGCUGAUUACACCAAGUUUCCACUGACUAUUGUCUCUGUGAAGACUGAAGAUGAUGAAGAGAAACCACAAGUAGACAACCUCUUAGCUCCACUAUCAGAUAGUGAGGCUGAAGACGAGGUUCAAAAACCUUUCAGCAGCGAUACAGACUGUGAAGGUGAUAUGAGGACUCACACUGACAACAAACACUCUGACUCCUCAGAAAAGAAGAAAGACGUCCAGCAACUGAUCAGUUGUCUAGAAGAAGUUUCCCCUCAGUCAGGGGGGAGCUCCACUUUGAAGCAGGAGACUCCACAACCACCCUGCAUUAAAAAGGAAGAGGAGGAACUCUGCAUCACUCAGGAGGGAGAGUGUCUUCUAGGACGAGAGGAAGCUGAUUACAUCAAGUUUCCACUGACUGUUGUCUCUGUGAAGACUGAAGACGAUGAAGAGAAACCACAAGUAGACAACCUCUUAGCUCCACUAUCAGAUAGUGAGGCUGAAGACGAGGUUGAUGAACCUUUGAGCAGCGAUAAAGACUGUGAAGGUGAUAUGAGGACUCACACGGACAACAAACACUCUCAAACAGAGACAGGUAAAAAACAUUUCAGCUGCUCAGUUUGUGCUAAAAGCUAUACUAGAAGGAACCAUUUGACUCAACACAUGAGAACACACACAGGAGUAAAACCCUUUACUUGUUCAGUUUGCGGUAAAAGCUUUUUUCAAAAGAGCAGUUUGACUCUGCACGUGAGAACGCAUGCAGGAGAGAAACCAUUCAAUUGCUCAGUUUGCGAUAAAAGCUUUUCUCAGAAUAGCAGUUUGACUUUACACGUUAGAGCACACGCAGGAGAAAACACAUUCAACUGCUCAGUUUGUGGUAAAAGCUUUUCACGAAAGGACAAUUUGUCUCGACACAUGAGAACGCACACAGGAGAGAAACCGUUCAACUGCUCGGUUUGUGGGAAAAGUUUUUGUCAAAAAAUUGAUUUGACUCGACACAUGAGAAGACACACAGGAGAAAAAUCAUUCGGUUGCUCGGUUUGUGGCAAAAGUUUUUCACGGAACAGCUGCUUGAGUCAACACAUGAGAAAACACACGGGAGAAAAAGCAUUUAGUUGUUCAGUUUGUGGCAAAAGAUUCCAUCGUGAUGCAGCCGCAGUAAAACACUUAAGAAAACACAUGGGAGAAUAACCGAUUUUAUUUUUCUAUUGCAGUCUUUUAGCGCCCCCAGUUUUCAUCCCAUCUGAACUGUUAAGGUAUCAAAAUGUAAACCAGGAAAUAUUCAUCUUCCCAGACCACAACGUUUACCCAGAUUUCCAGGUCUUCCAGCACAUUUUCCCAUUGAGGUGGCUCGGGCAUCUGGUCAGGAUGCCACCCGAACGCCUCCCUAGGGAGGUGUUUAGGGCACGUCCAGCCGGUAGGAGGCCACGGGGAAGACCCAGGACACGUUGGGAAGACUAUGUCAACACUCUAAGCAGAUGCAUUCCCAACGAUAAAGUAAACGAAAUCACGAAGGUGAGGGUUGUUGAUGUUACUUGUGACUUAUGUGCUAAUCAGACAUAUUUGGUCGCGGCAUGACUGCCAGCUAAUCGAUUCUAACAUGCUAUUUAGGCUACCUGUAUGUGCAUUUGAAACUAUAUUUACAUCCAGCGUUUCCUUCCACCCACAUUUAAUGCCAAACAAACACUUACAAAUCGACAGAUUUAAGUUGAUACAGGGUCAAUGCCCUGCCUCCAACCGGUAGGAGGCCACGGGGAAGACCUUACAAAUCGACAGAUUUAAGUUGAUACAGGGUCAAUGCCCUGCCUCCAACCGGUAGGAGGCCACGGGGAAGACCCAGGACACGUUGGGAAGACUAUGUCUCCCGGCUGGCCUGGGAACGCCUCGGGAUCCCCCGGGAAGAGCUAGAAGUGGCUAGGGAGAGGGAAGUCUGGGCUUCCCUGCUUAGGCUGCUGCCCCCGCGACCCGACCUCUGAUAAGUGGAAGAUAAUGGAUGGAUGGAUGGAUGGAUUUUCCCAUUGAAAACAAAUGGGCCAAUUUCCCACAUUGUUCCACCAUCCACAGACUCCACUCACCUUGGACAUUCAAGCCAACUUUCAAAACGUCCAUUUUUUUAUAGUGAAGUGAAUUAUAUUUAUAUAGCGCUUUUCUCUAGUGACUCAAAGCGCUUUACAUAGUGAAACGCAAUAUCUAAGUUACAUUUAAACCAGUGUGGGUGGCACUGGGAGCAGGUGGGUAAAGUGUCUUGCCCAAGGACACAACGGCAGUGACUAGGAUGGCGGAAGCGGGAAUCGAACCUGCAACCCUCAAGUUGCGGGCACGGCCGCUCUACCAACCGAGCUAUACCUAUAGGAAUUUCCAGGACCAUUUCCCCAUUGAAAAUGAACUGAAGGAUUACAAACCUCUUCAUAUUCCACAUCUCUUGUCCAAUUCAAACCUUUCCACCAUCCGCACAUUCCACUCACCCUUGAGAUUUAGACAAAAAAAAUUCUUGUUUCAACAAUUUUCCUGAUUACCAGGAAGUCCUGGUUUUACUCACCCUUUUUCUUUUGACUUUGUCUGCCCCAUUUUUAUUUGUUGUGAUUAUAAUUAUUCAACCCCCACACCAUUUUGGUGUUUUAGCAAGUUGGACAUUUAUUCCGUAUUUUGUUUAUAGUCAUAUCAAUUAAAGAUGUGUCAAAUAGACAAAUGCAACUUCAA